GAGAGAGAGAGAGAGAGAGAACGAAGAAGAAGAGAGAGAGCUCUGAAAAUUCCAUUUUUUUUUAUAAUUAAAUUUGCAAAAAAAUCCCCAAAAAAAUUGGUAGCCGUCAGAUGCUCAUUGUGCGGUUGUGAUGGUGACAGACCAGGAGAUAGCGAGCUGCGUGGAGUCACUGCUCCGCCAGGCCGGACCCGGCGCCGCCGCGACCGCCUCGGUCGCCGGCGUUGUCCGAGAGCUUGAAGCCAAGCUUGGCCUUGACCUCUCCCACAAGGCCUCCUUCAUCCGUGACCAGAUCCAACUCCUCCUUGGCCCCCCGCCCCCCGCCUCCAAAGACCCUUUUGCUCCCCAUGUCGGCCCGCAGUUCCAACCCUAUCCGACUAAUUCCCUUACAGCCGCCGGCGCCGUCCAUGCCUCGCCGUUCGCUCACCUUCCCCAGCAUCAUGACCUCGCGUUUCGGUGCCCUCCGCCGAACGCUGUUGCCUCGCCGGCGCCUCAUCAGCAGCAGCUUCCGCACCCGCUUGUCGUCGUGCCUCGGCCUGAAGUCGCCGUUGGGCCGGUGUCCCCGGCUGUCGCAAGGCCGGCUGUUGCUUCCCCCAAAGAAAGCACCCCAACUCCAGCUAAACGUAAAGGUGGCCCUGGGGGUUUGAAUAAGGUUUGUGGUGUAUCACCAGAACUGCAAGCUAUUGUUGGUGAGCCAACCAUGGCAAGAACUCAGAUUGUUAAGCAGCUGUGGGCAUACAUUCGGCAAAACAAUCUCCAAGAUCCUAAUAACAAAAGAAAGAUUAUCUGCAAUGAUGCACUCCGUCAGGUUUUUGAGACUGAUUGUACUGAUAUGUUCAAGAUGAACAAGCUUUUGGCCAAGCAUAUCCUACCUCUUGAAUCUCCAAAAGAUCCAGGUCCAGACUCUAAGCGCACAAAAAGUGAAUCCUCAGAGGUGGUUUAUGAAACUAAACCUGAUGCAGGUGAUCAUAAUGUUGUUAUAUCUGAAGCACUAGCCUCAUUUUUUGGAACCACUGAAAGAGAGAUGCUUCAGUCUGAGGUUCUGAAACGCAUUUGGGAUUACAUAAAAGAAAAUCAUUUAGAGGAUCCCGUGAAUCCGAUGAUAUUGUGCGACUCUAAACUUCAGCAACUUUUUGGAUGUGAAAGCUUUUCUGCUUUGGGAAUUUCAGAGAUGGUGGCGCGCCAUUUUGUCAAUCAGUGACCUGGAUGACAAUUAACUGAUCUGUUACUUCAGUGGAAUGUCGAAGGUCUAACUCGAUAGAAGAUACAUGACUAAAACAAAACAAUGUUUGUUUAUGUGCUUUUGUUUGUUCGUAUUUUCUUGUUUUCUGCAACCUGUUUAUUUAUGGGGCAAACUGUGGUUUUACUUUGGCUCGCGGAUGAAAAAGAGAAACUGAUGAUGAACCGAACCGAUGAGCAACUUCUGAAUCAGUGUUCAUCGUCGUUACAAAUUGGCAGUUUACUGACUGAAGUAGCAGAAACUAUAAAGCAAAUUAUCGAUCGAUACUGGAUUAACAUUGUACUAAACUGCAGUUAGGGCAAGUAUCAUUUGUUGUACUCAUUUUGUGAGACUCUUUUGACUAAACCCUAAAAAAAGCUCCUCAGAUUUGUAGUAAAAGUGAAUUUGCAUUA